AAGACCUGGGUUGGGAGCUGGGAGCUGUCGGGGAGGGGAGGGGGAUACCGCAGAGACACCCCCAGGGGGCGGCUCUGCCUCGGGGGAGGACAUUAUGCCCUCCAGCCUCACUCUCCUUCGACCUGUUUGCGCAGUGUGUGGAAAGGAGGGAGGAGGGGGCGGGGAGGGAGGAAUAUGGAGGGAGGGAACAGAGGGGUGGGGAAGAGAUAUCGGCUAGAAAUUAGAUAUGAGCUUCGACCACCUCUUUCCUCCUUGGCUCUCAGCAUAGUGGGCAGAAGAGAUGAUGGGUACUGAGGCCAGCUCCGUGAGUUCCCAGGAGCUGCUGCCCACUGCCCGCCGCGCUUACCGGAGUUUUAAGGCCUCAGCGUUUCGGGGUGAGAUCAGGUGGAGAGAGGAAAUCCCCAGGCAGAAGUUUCUCUCCUGCCACCCAGUUCCUCUUUGAUUUAAUAAUCAAGAUUUUUUAUUUUAUUUUCUUUUGGAAGAGGAAGGUUGGUCUCUCUCUCUCUCUCUCUCUCUCUCUCUCUCUCUCUCUCUCUCUCUCUUUCCCUCUUUCCCUCUUUCCCUCUCUCCUUCUCUCCUUUCGCUUUGGAAAACACCCUAAGAGGUGAAGCUCAUGUACGAAGGACCCAGUGGUCUCUGGGCCGAGCAAAUCCAGCUCCAGCCUUCUGAAGAAGAAACUGAGUGAUCAGAAACGUUGGGGUGGCAAUUAGAAAGCACUUCUGCUUUUGCUGCAAGAGCACAGGGCUACAGUUCUAUCGACCCUCGAUCAAGAGGUUUGGGCCCAGGUUCCCAGAGUGAAUAAUAGUUUUCAAGGCUAGGUAACGAGGUUCAGGGUGGGGGGAGAUUUUGAUGAUAGAAUGUGAAUAUUGGCUUCCAAAGAGCCUCUCAACGCAGAAUAUAUUCGGGUUGGCAUAAGGCUGAGAGUAUUGAGAGGGCCCUGGAUGUGUCCCCCCGAAAGGAAGCGGGAGAGGUAGGAAAAGAUGACUUGAGGUUUAAUCUGGGGGCUUGAGUAAUCAGGGGUGAAAACCUAAGUGUCUUCACCUUAUGAGUUGGACUCCUCAUUCCUUUGUUCCUUCUGAACUUUAGAACAUCAAGGUUCCAAAAACAUCAGAAUCAGAGAAGCACUUUUGGCGGGUUUGUUUGAGCAACCACUCUUUUCAUUAGAGUGCUGGUGUACAGGGUGGUGGAGGUGGAGGUAGUGGUGGGGUAUGUAUGUGUGCUCGUGCGCGCUCGAGUGUGAGAGACAUACAGAGAUAGGAAUAGAGACAGAAAGACACAAAGAAAAUCAGACAGAAAGUCAGAGAGACAGAGCAGAGUGAAGGGGUAUGUGUAUAAAUGAGGGUAGAUACUAGUCCGAGUUCCACGGUGAGAUACAUUGAAAGAACAGGCUGGCCCUUGCUUUAUUUCUAACCUUUGUGUGGUGGCUAGUGGAGGACUUAUGACUGAAGAGAAUUCGCAGAACAGACUUAACAUGUAAAUCAGGGCUUUUCUUGCUUCAGUAAGUUGCUCCUCAGUUACGCCCCUUAAACAAGAAGCAACAAGCUUUGAGUGAAACUGUGAAAGGGGUGGUGGUCACUGGGGGUGAGGGACGCUGGGCGGGGGUGAGGGUUGCUUUGGUUUUGGGUAUUUUGGGUUUUGUUUUGUUUUUGUUGUUGUUUUUUAAGAGAGAUUUGAGAGUCUCACACCUUCACACCUCGUUCUUACGCUUCCUCCGGACUUUUCUCCUCCUCUUACCCCCGUGUAUUUAAAGCAGAGCAGGGAAGGAGGGAACCCGGGCGGCUGAGGCUGAGGGGGGUAGAGGCUGACUGCAGAUGCACCCAGCUGUCUCUCUAGCAAUGUGAAGACAGAGCCCCGAAUAGGCGCCGGCGCUCAGGUGAUUCGCCUCCGGAUCUACCUAUGCCUCCUCGCCUCCCAGGGCUGGGCGGAGAAAACCGUCCCCUCCUCCCCCCUUUAAGCUCCCCCCCUCCCCCCCAAGUGUGUGCCUGCCUCGGCGCCAGGAGAGAUCCCGGGAAGUCUUGGUGAAAGACUGAUAUAGAUAUAAGGACAUUUCUCCAUGGAGUCACGUGACAUAAUUACCACCAGAAUCAAUCAAGAUGAAUUGCACGUCAGCACACGGUGGGGAUUUUUUCUUAGUUGAUCCUGUCCAAAGCCUCUUGUGCAAUAGAUGGAUCUUGUUCAAGGCACGGAAAUCUCCCGGUCGCUCACCAUCGCCCAGAGGAAGACAUGACCGAGUUUGACGACUGCGGCCCCAGCGCAGCCAAUAUGUAUCUGCCGGGCUGCGCUUAUUACGUGGCCCCCUCGGAUUUCUCCAGCAAGCCCUCGUUUCUGUCGCAGACGUCGUCUUGUCAAAUGACUUUCCCCUACUCCUCCAACCUGCCUCACGUCCAACCGGUGCGCGAAGUGGCGUUCCGCGACUACGGUUUGGAGCGUGGUAAAUGGCAAUACCGGGGCAGUUACGCUCCCUAUUACGCGGCGGAGGAGGUGAUGCAUAGGGACUUGCUGCCGCCGGGAAGUCGGAGGCCUGAUAUGCUCUUCAAGGCUGCCGAACCCGUUUGCGGUCCUCACGGCCCCUCGAGCGCCGCCUCCAACUUCUAUAGCACCGUGGGGCGCAAUGGGAUCCUGCCCCAGGGCUUCGACCAGUUUUACGAGGCGGCGCCUGGACCCGCGUACCAGCAGCAGCAGCAGCAACCUCAGCAGCCUCAGCAGCAACAGCAACAGCAGCCGCCUCAGUCCAGCGGCGGGCCCGAGGGGGACACUGAGAAGAGCGGCCUGAAGUCUCCGGCCACCGCGAGUCCCUGCGGCAAAGCCCCCUCAGGGCAGGAGCCCAAAGGGGCAGCGGAGAGCAGCUCCAGUGGCGAAGCCCCCCCAGGGGAGACGGGGGCGGAGAAGAGUGCAGGCGCAGUGGUCCCCCAGAGAUCGAGGAAAAAGAGGUGCCCCUACACCAAAUACCAGAUCCGAGAACUGGAACGGGAAUUUUUCUUCAACGUGUAUAUAAACAAAGAGAAAAGACUACAACUAUCUCGAAUGCUCAACCUCACUGACCGACAAGUCAAAAUCUGGUUCCAGAAUCGAAGGAUGAAAGAAAAGAAACUGAACAGAGAUCGACUCCAAUAUUUCACUGGGAAUCCCUUAUUCUGAAAGAUCAAGAAAUUUAUCCCCCUCCCCCAACUCUCACUCAUACUCACACUCCUCCUCCCCUCAUUCAGCCUACCCGCCGGAGGCAAAAAAGUCAUUGGGUUUACAUGACUCAUCUUCCCUUCGGAACUCCAAGCUUCAUUUCCACAUUCAACUCGAUCAACUCGGUUACUUCCCAGCGAUCAAUGUCUGCAGAAGAUGCCGGUGUCUUGGCGGAUCGGAUUCCUAAUAAGGGGAAAAUGGUAAAUCCAAACAUCCGUUUACAAUUUUACCACCAAAGUGUUUUUUGGGUUUUGUUUUUUUUAUUUUUUUUGGUCUCCCCUCUCCCCUUCCUAAGUCUUCGUGGUGAUGCAGAUGGACCUGUAGUGCGUUUGGCCGUGUUGCUUUAAGGUGUUUUGUUCUGAGCUUAGUGUCAACUGUUUCCUUUCACUAAAAGAAUGGCGAUUAUUUAAACUCUGGGAAAUGUACCUUCGGUCUCUCUCUUAAGUUUCCACUGUCAUAUAAACGCAUGGGCCACUGUCUUUUUCAUGUGAAUAAAUGGUUUCUAGUAAAACGAAGGUUCCAUCCUCAAUGCACUGUAUGAAUUUUCCUCUUUGAAGAACUUUAGCGUCUGAACAGGACAUUUGAGGGAGCAAAGAGAACUGGCAGGAACCCCUUACCCCCAUCCCCCAGCCAAAAUGGAAGAAGAACAUUUGCAGCUGAGUUAAAAUCAGAGUUGCUUUCUAUCCCCAGCUGGAUUCUUUUUCUAUGUAACUUUCAGAGUUAAUCCCUUCAGGGUGUGAGACACCAAAGAUGGCUCUCUGCCUUCUAUCAGAGCUGAUGGGACAGGCGGCAGGGAUUUCUAAAGAGCUAAUAAUUCGUUCCUCCAGCUUGGGAAAUUUGGAAUUUCGGAAAACAGGACCCUUUACCCCCAUUUUUUGGUAGAUGUUCGAGAAAUGCAAAUUCACUCUAGAUCCUUUUGAUAGUUUCAAGGAAACAAGGAUCCCUUAAAAAAUUAAACUCACCACCCUAAAAAGUUCAAGAGAUAUCGUGCUCUCUGUAGAGUAGUUUUGCUUAUUUCUCAGGCAGGAUAAAGUAAGUAGACAAAGAUAAUCCCCUGCUCAUAGCCCAGCGCUAAAGAUCUCCUAGCCUUUAUUUCGUAAAGUGAAAGAAUGUAACUGAGGUCUUCUCUGCACUUUAUGUUGCGUGACCUGGCUAAGCUGUUUACAAAACCUUGAACUGUCUAGACAACACCAUAAAAACCGAAGUUCUAAACAGCUUAAUUGGGUUAUAUUAUACACCUUCUGGUGGGCCAAAAAAAAAAAAAAAAAAAAUUUCCGCAAUGUGCAAUAAAGUGAGUGAGAAAGGGUUGUCUUUUUUUUUUUUUUUAAAGACAAAGUAAAUCUUAUGACUCUGGCUUCUUAUAAGCCCAAAGUCGAAAAAUGAAUCCACAACAGCACUUAAAAUCUAUUAAAAGAUAGCCGAGAAUGCUGUAUCUAAAGGAAAAAUAAAAUUAAAAGGGCAAAGUCUUUUGCAAGAAGCAAAAACAUAAGUGUAUGCCUUUGAACUUCCAAAAUGUCAAGGUCAUCACCUUUAACCUUUCUGAAUAAUUAGGCGCCCUAAGGUUCUUCUGUUAUUUUCAACCACCACCCACUAUCACACAAAUUCACCCACACACGCGCAUUUAUGACUUUGCAGAGAAUCAUAUCAGGCGAAUGGCCAUAAAUCUCUAAACAAAUUCCUAAUUUCAGGAUCAAUACUCUUAAUUUCCCUCGAAAUAUUUCUGUAGAUUUAAUGACAAGAGUUCUUUGCAAAGCCCUAUUCGAUCAUUAUGUCUCAGAACAAUAUCUCCAGUACAGUUAUGAAACACUAUUUUGAGGGAUUUAGAUCGCUAUCACCUUUCCUCCAAUGAUAGACUGUACUUGGAGGGAAAAAGGAGCCAUUUGAAAAGGGGAAGUUAUUUCCAGACAGUUAGUCUUUCAUUAUAUUUUAAACCAAUUUGUCGCCCUGUCAAAUAAAUUAUUGCACCUUCAAUAAUAUUAAACCACAGGAUUUAAUAGAAUUUCUAUAUGCAUUUUUGAAAACCUCUCAACCCUUGGGGGGAAGGGGAAGAAGAGUGAAUUAGAGAGAAAAGCCCACGAUCGAAUUAUUAGAUUUUUGAAGGUUUGGCUUUGUUCCUGACAUUGGAAGGGUCCUAAAAUCUCAGUGCCCUCAUAUGAUCACUCCAAAAUGCCAAACUACUCAGUGGUUUGUUUCUGUUUUUUUCCCCCGCCCCGUGGUUUAAAUGUAGCAAGUUUGUUCCUGGAAGGGAAAAUCUUGAAGGAAACCAAUUCCAGGUUGCAUCGUGAGAGAAAGCCACACGAGGGCGCGCUCACGUUCUACAAACCUCAUUUUGAUUCGAUUGCUGCAGUACAUUUUCUUCCAAAUACUGUAAUAAGAAUUUUCAUUGAUAGCGCCACAAUAGUAGUAUUCUUCUAAAAAAUCUGCUUUAUCUUGUAAUAAUAAGGUGCAAGUAUUUUAUUAAUGGAGGGGAGGAGAACGGCUGUGAGCAGAGGACAAGAUUUUUGAAAUGUCUAACGGUUUCAAAGAAAAGAAAUGUUUAAAAGGAAUUCUAUUUGUUAUAACCUGAUAGAUCGCAGGAGAAAUCUUAAAGACCAAUAGUUGCAUAUUUUAAAAGAUAGAUGUCG